CGCGCUGCUGAGAAGAUGGCGAGCGGCCGGGACGCGCGGCCGCCUCGGCGGCCCGGGAGCCUCCCGCUGCUGCUGUGCCUGCUGCUGCUGAGGACCCCGGCCCAGGCGGCGCACAUCAAGAAGGCCGAGGCGACGACGACGACGACGAGCGCGGGCGCCCAGGCGGCCGAGGGCCAGUUCGACCGCUACUACCACCAAGAGGAGCUGAGCUCGGUGCUGAGGGAGGUGGCGGCCGCGGCGUCCCCGGGCCUGGCUCGCCUCUUCAGCAUCGGCCGCUCGGUGGAGGGCCGGCCUCUGUGGGUGCUGCGCCUCACGGCCGGCCUGGAGCCGCCGCCCCCUGACGGCGACGCGGGGCCCGACGCGGCGGGGCCGCUCCUGCCCGGCCGGCCGCAGGUGAAGCUGGUGGGCAACAUGCACGGCGACGAGACCGUCUCGCGCCAGGUGCUGGUCUACCUGGCUCGCGAGCUGGUGGCCGGCUACCGCCGCGGAGACCCGCGCCUGGUCCGCCUGCUCAACACCACCGACGUCUAUGUCAUGCCCAGCCUCAACCCCGAUGGCUUCGAGCGCGCCCGCGAGGGCGACUGCGGCCUCGGUGACGGCGAGCCGCCCGGGCCCACCGGCCGCGACAACAGCCGCGGCCGCGACCUCAACCGCAGCUUCCCGGACCAGUUCCGCACCGGCGAGCCCCCGGCCCUGGACGACGUCCCCGAGGUGCGCGCCCUCAUCGACUGGAUCCGCAGGAACAAGUUUGUACUUUCUGGAAAUCUGCACGGUGGCUCAGUGGUAGCAAGCUAUCCGUUUGAUGAUUCUCCGGAACAUAAGGUCUCUGGAAUCUAUAGCAAAACCUCAGAUGAUGAAGUCUUUAAAUAUUUGGCAAAAGCCUAUGCUUCAAACCACCCCAUAAUGAAAACUGGUGCACCUCAUUGUCCAGGAGAUGAAGAUGAGACUUUCAAAGAUGGUAUCACGAAUGGAGCACAUUGGUAUGACGUAGAAGGUGGUAUGCAGGAUUACAAUUACGUAUGGGCCAACUGCUUUGAGAUCACAUUAGAACUGUCUUGUUGCAAGUACCCACCUGCUUCGCAGCUUAAACAGGAGUGGGAGAACAAUCGUGAGUCUUUGAUCACAUUGAUUGAAAAGGUCCACAUUGGAGUUAAAGGAUUUGUUAAAGACUCAGUAACGGGAUCUGGCUUAGAGAAUGCAACCAUCUCCGUGGCUGGUAUUAAUCAUAAUAUCACAACAGGCAGAUUUGGUGAUUUCCACAGAUUGCUUGUUCCAGGAACUUAUAACCUUACAGCAGUUUUAACUGGGUAUAUGCCACUGACUUUUAAUAAUAUAACUGUGAAAGAAGGACCGGCUACAGAGGUAAAUUUUUCCCUUCGGCCAACUGUGACUUCGGUAAUCCCUGACACAACUGAGGCUGUAGCAAUUGCUAGCACGGUUGCUAUACCUAAUAUUCCUCCUGGAACACCAUCCUCACACCAGCCAAUUCAGCCAAAGGACUUUCACCAUCAUCAUUUCCCUGAUAUGGAAAUCUUCUUGAGAAGGUUUGCCAAUGAGUAUCCUAACAUCACUCGGCUUUAUUCAUUGGGAAAAUCAGUAGAGUCAAGAGAACUUUAUGUGAUGGAGAUAUCUGAUAAUCCAGGUGUCCACGAGCCAGGUGAACCAGAAUUUAAGUACAUUGGAAAUAUGCAUGGAAAUGAAGUGGUUGGAAGAGAACUGCUCUUGAACCUCAUUGAAUACCUUUGUAAGAACUUUGGAACAGACCCUGAAGUAACAGACUUGGUUCGUAGCACUAGAAUUCACCUUAUGCCAUCCAUGAAUCCUGAUGGAUAUGAAAAGGCCCAGGAGGGAGAUUCGAUAAGUGUAGUUGGCAGAAACAACAGCAACAACUUUGACCUGAACCGAAAUUUCCCAGACCAGUUCGUCCAGAUCACAGAUCCUACCCAACCAGAAACUAUUGCCGUGAUGAGCUGGAUGAAGGCAUAUCCAUUUGUACUGUCAGCAAACCUGCAUGGAGGUUCUUUGGUGGUGAACUACCCUUAUGAUGAUGAUGAACAAGGGCUUGCAACAUAUAGUAAAUCACCAGAUGAUGCUGUGUUUCAACAAAUAGCACUUUCUUAUUCCAAGGAAAAUUUCCAGAUGUUUCAAGGUAGACCUUGUAAGAAUAUAUACCCUACCGAAUAUUUCCCUCAUGGAAUAACAAAUGGAGCUAACUGGUAUAAUGUCCCAGGUGGUAUGCAAGACUGGAACUACUUACACACAAAUUGCUUUGAAGUGACUGUUGAACUAGGUUGUGUGAAAUAUCCAUUUGAGAAAGACCUGCCAAAACUUUGGGAACAGAAUCGAAGAUCUCUAAUCCAGUUUAUGAAACAGGUUCAUCAAGGUGUCAGAGGAUUUGUCCUAGAUGCCACAGAUGGCAGGGGUAUACUAAAUGCCACCAUUAGUGUUGCCGAAAUCAAUCACCCAGUAACUACUUACAAAACUGGAGACUACUGGCGUCUCUUGGUUCCAGGAACUUAUAAAAUCACAGCAUCUGCUCGAGGGUAUAAUCCAGUUACCAAAAAUGUGACCGUGAAGAGUGAAGGUGCUAUUCAGGUCAACUUCACACUUGUUCGAUCUUCAACAGAUUCAAACAGUGAAUCAAAAAAAGGAAAGGGGGAUAGCACCAACACUGAUGGUGCCAGUGAUCCAACUACUAAAGAGUUUGAAACUUUAAUUAAAGACCUUUCAGCUGAAAAUGGUUUGGAAGACCUCAUUUUACGUUCCUCUUCAAAUCUGGCUCUCUAUCGAUACCAUUCAUACAAAGACUUAUCAGAGUUUCUGAGAGGACUUGUAAUGAACUAUCCACAGAUUACAAAUCUUACCAGUUUGGGACAGAGUGCUGAAUAUCGUCACAUUUGGUCCCUUGAAAUCUCCAAUAAGCCUAAUGUAUCUGAGCCUGAAGAACCAAAGAUUCGUUUUGUCGCUGGUAUCCAUGGAAAUGCUCCAGUUGGAACUGAACUGCUCUUGGCUCUGGCAGAAUUUCUCUGCCUGAACUACAAAAAGAAUCCAGCUGUCACCCAAUUGAUUGACAGGACUAGGAUUGUGAUUGUCCCUUCCCUAAAUCCAGAUGGGCGAGAGAGAGCACAGGAGAAAGACUGUACUUCAAAGACAGGACAAACAAAUGCUCAUGGAAAAGACUUAGAUACAGACUUCACAAAUAAUGCCUCCCAGCCUGAGACUAAAGCCGUCAUUGAAAAUUUGAUUCAAAAACAGGACUUCAGUCUUUCUGUUGCUUUAGAUGGUGGUUCUGUGCUGGUCACAUACCCAUAUGACAAGCCAGUACAGACAGUGGAAAACAGAGAGACUCUGAAGCAUUUGGCAUCUCUUUAUGCAAAUAAUCAUCCAUCGAUGCACAUGGGUCAGCCUAGUUGCCCGAAUAAAUCAGAUGAGAAUAUUCCAGGAGGAGUAAUGCGUGGAGCCGAGUGGCACAGUCACCUGGGCAGCAUGAAGGAUUAUAGUGUCACCUAUGGCCACUGUCCGGAAAUCACAGUGUACACAAGCUGCUGCUACUUCCCUACUGCAGCACAGCUCCCCUCCUUGUGGGCAGAAAAUAAAAAGUCUCUUCUUAGCAUGUUAGUAGAGGUUCACAAGGGAGUUCAUGGAUUUGUCAAAGAUAAGAGUGGGAAACCAGUCUCUAAAGCAGUCAUUGUACUCAAUGAGGGAAUAAAAGUGCACACAAAGGAGGGAGGCUAUUUCCAUGUACUGUUAGCCCCAGGCUUCCAUAACAUCAAUGCUAUCGCUGAUGGAUACCAGCAACAACAUUCACAGGUCUUUGUGCAUCAUGAUGCUGCUAGUUCUGUGGUAAUAGUCUUUGACACAGAUAACCGGAUAUUUGGUUUGCCAAGGGAGCUUGUGGUAACUGUAUCAGGUGCCACCAUGUCAGCAUUGAUCCUAACAGCUUGCAUUAUUUGGUGCAUCUGCUCAAUCAAGUCUAACAGACACAAAGACGGCUUUCAUCGGCUCAGACAGCAUCACGAUGAGUAUGAAGAUGAAAUUCGUAUGAUGUCAACCGGCUCAAAGAAAUCCCUCCUAAGCCAUGAGUUCCAGGAUGAAACGGACACUGAAGAGGAAACACUAUAUUCUAGCAAACACUGAAACACACAACUGUGCAUAUCUCCCAGCAUAAGUACCAAGCAAAAUUACCGUCCCUAUUGGGAGACACUGCAUUAAGAAGAGAGACUGUCUUGCUUCUUCAAAGAGCUCUGGGAAGUUAACUUGCUAAAUUUGUAUUCUUGAGAAUUUUUGAACUUCCCUUCCUUAAAGUACUCUUACCUGAUUUCUAUUUAUGCAGCAGAGAUGGGACAGCCACUUUGUUUUUCUCUUUAAUUUAAGAUAAGCUGUUUGGAGCUUAUGUAACUGCAUAAGCCAACUAGUGGAUGUUGUAUUUCGCACAUCAGGUGUUUGCUAAUGGCUUUAGCUUUUUUUAUUUUAAAUGGCCAAAAGAAUCCAGCAACAUUAAGGCAGGGACAGCGGUCAGAAUCUGACAUAAAGCUUUAAAAACUCAAGGUUUUCUCAACCUGUUGAGGAGUACUUUUCUCUGGUUAUUAAAUAGCUGGAGUUUCUCUUAUUAUUCAGGUUUAAUGGAGGUUGAAUUGAUUUUUAAACAUAUAUAACAUUAGGAAAUGAAUAAAUGGGCUUCCGCUUUGGCUUUCUACCUGUUCCAAGGCUAGAUCAGAACUGGUGGGCUGUGCUCUAAGCAGGAUUUCACUACCUCUCUUGUAAGGUUUAGCAAAGUUCUAAAUCUCCUCAUUUUAAGGGAGAAUUUGUUGACUUUGUUGUGAAAAACCUAAGUGUCCAUUUGAAUGGAGCUGAGAGAGAUCUAGCAACAGCUAAAACUUGUUGCCUAUCUUUUAACUCAGUAAAAACCCACAGGUGCUGCUGCUUUUAUCUGUGAAGCACUAGAUUAUGCUAGGAAUGUCUAAUUCUUUAAUAUUUCCUAAAUUUGAACCUUUUUCUAUGUUGUACACUUAUGGUUUUCAGAUACCCAGCAACCUACAACAUCUGUAUUCUACUGAAAACAUCUGGCAGUAUGGAAGAGACCAACUUGCACAUUCUUAACCUACUUUUGAACAUGAAAUACCUACACUUCAUGCUCCAGCCCAAGCCUAAGCCCAAGCCUGAAAUACCACACUAAUCAUGAAAUAGUUCGGCCAAUCUGGUUCGCAGAGGCCUCUGCAAAUGAUUGAUUUCUUUGUCCUAAAUUCCAUUUGACAGUCUCUUUUUGAUAAACCAAUUUUGUUAAAAAUUCAGUUGAAAGCGUUUAAAUAUGGCUCCCUCCAUUAAAAAGUAAACUGUGGACUGCCAUGUGAUAUAACACUGUUAUUGCAAAGGCCUGAAAGAUGUGCGUUUUAUUGUGUCUCUUGAAUCAUGCUGUUAAAUGAAAAUGAUGCUUUCUGUAAGUAUGAGUUUUACCAAUGAUCUAAUGGUUUAAUACCUUUGAAUGUUUUAACAGCCAAGUUGCUGCUUAACUUGUACUAAAUGAGGAGAUCAAAAAACUUCCUCUCAUCUUUUCAAAUUGUAUUCUGUAUCCAGUUAUGUAUCAGUCAUCCCAACGCCUUCAUGUGGAGUGAUUUACCACCCACUUAGGUCAUUCAACAAAGUUUUGUGUGGCAUGCAUCCAAAGUGGCUUAUAAAAAGAGAUUUGGUUCGGCAGGCAUAAUGAGGUCAUGACACUUGUUAAUAUCUGUGAUAAAUUUGAGUAGUUUGAGGUUAAACCAUUCUAGUAUUAAUCCUGGUAUUAGCAACUCUAAAUUCUGAGCCCCUGCUCCUCCCUUUCCCCAGACCACAUAUACAGAAUAGAGUUUGUCGGGCGCUGAUAGUUAAUGCAAUAGACAUGAUUUCAUUUCUCCUAAUAAUACUUUACAUUUUCUUCAAAGGGGUAGUGUGGUGGUGUUGCUCUUUUUCAGCUUUAUUUUUAAGAGUGCUAACCCCACAAGGGGCCUAAGAGUGGCUGCUUUGCUUGGGACAUUUCUGCUCGAAAUGAAACAAAGUUGAUGUGACAGCAUUUACUUUAUUAACAUCGGUCUUCACUGGAGGACACCUUUUAAAUUUCUCUCUCCCUUAAACAGUCUUUAACUGUACAUCUCAGUGGCUGGAGGUCUUGCCUUUUAAGCAUGUGUAAAAUUUGUUUAGAAACAAACGUGCAAAUGUUUCUUUCAGUAAUUUUUCCUGAAAGGAAAACCAAACUCUGAUAUAAUUCUUGACUCUUUAAUGAAUUUCUUAAUAAUGCUGUCACGCUAGAAAACAAGGCCUUCUCAACCGGUGUUACCUAUUAACAUGAAUGUACAGGAUCCAUGACUACUGUGUUCUCGGCCCUGCUUUGUCUGUUAUUUGUGGAUCUAAUUUGUUAGAUUGGAUCACAUUAACUGCCUAGACAUUGAAGCCAUAUGGGAUGGGAUAUGUGUUUCUUCAGUGUUUCUUCUAGAGGCUUUCCAUUUCCUUGGAGUCAUGGAGGCAAGUAAGUAUUACAGUAUUAAGAAAUUUGCCCAAAUCUGGAUUGUGCCUUUCUUUACUCACAAGGCAUGGUUUUUGUCCUGGUGAUCAUUUUGUAAGCCUUCUUCCCUCCCGGCUCCUUAAUAAAAUCAAAGUGAUUGAAGAGGUGAUGCUCGAAGUGUCUGCUUGUAUAAAUAUUCUUGUUGUGAUAUGUGGUUCAGUAAGGUGGGCCCAGGUAAUUUCAGAAGGAAAGACCCUAGAGUUUUGAUGUACUUUGCUGAGUUACCUGGGUAGUGAUUGGCAUCCUGUCCAGUUGAGGAAUCUUUGAAAUUCUCAUUGAAGAGAAUUUCCCCUGGAACUUAAUCAUCCUCCAGAAAAGAAAUAUAUUGUCUAUUUUUUAGCCCAGUGUGACCGAUUGGUUAAUCUUUGGUAACUUUCAUCUGAAUGGGGUUUGCUAACUUAAUGAAUACUGAAUGUAAAAGCUAACUUAUGAGCUGACAAAUAAAUAAUACCUGAGUUUAUUGUGUUCCUGAGCUAACACCAGGUUGUUCAGUAAUCAUCACCUGACCUCCAUUUCCAUUUAUUCUCAACAUUAAAUGGUUUUAUCUUCUUGUUUCCAGAAAUGCACUUGUGCCAGGUUUUGUCCCUGCUGUAUUAAAGACCUCCUGACUAUGAAUGCUGUAAACGGACCCUAUGUUACGGUUCUCUGCUGGGAUUGCUUUCAACAGUAGCAACUCAACAUCUCCCAUAUAUACUUUUGCUUUAUUGUUACUACUAAAAAUUCCACUAUGGCUGAUGUUCAGUAAUUUUUUGUCUACCAACUGUUUGAUAACUCUUUGGAUUUCAGAUUUGUGUAAAGCAGAUUUUUGUAGGGUGAUUAGGGUCCUUGAUGAAUGCCAACUGAAUUUGGAUUUCCAGUUGGUGAAGAAAUCUCACCCAAUACCCACUUAUCCUCUUUUUUAGCAAUAACUAACUAACAUUCCACUUGAUUUUCAGAAUAGUGUUCUGGUUGAUUUUGAUUUGACAGAACAUAUUAUGAAAUUUGAAAGGUUACCAUUUUGAGGCAAUUGGAUAUAAAUUAUGUAAAUAUAUAUGAUUAUGAUUUUUAUAAAUGGCAUAACAUGAAUGUACUACCUACAUUCUUUGCUGGCCAUGAUGCAGUUUUUCUGGAGGUAUGACAUACGGUAUUUUUGUAUAGUCAGAUUAAAAAUCAAUUUUUCACCUCCAUUUUUUCAGAAUGACACCCCCCGGCUCCGUAACAAUCUAUAGCUACUUAGAUGAUGUGCCCAACACCCAUUCAUCUCAAGUGCUUCAGUUUUUGUUUAUUUCAUGCACUGUGCCUUCAAAAUGAAAUUUUUAAAAGGGACUUUAAGUGAAGUUGAAUAGUACUUUUAAAAAGUCGAUCUGUGUAAUAUAUGUGAAAUCUAACUGUAAUGAGGUCCAUUCUGUUUUUUUAUAUGUAAACAGAUGUACUAAUCCUGUAUAAACGUUAUUUUAUGAUGUU